UAAGAGCGGGCGGGCGGCGCCGCGGCCCCGCGGCGGCCGGGCCAUGGAGCGCAUGGAGGUGACCGAGACCUUCGCCGGCAUCCCCCUGCCCGGCCACCUCCACACGCAGGACUCGCUGCGCUUCGCCGCCGCCUUCCCCUUCCGCCCCUCCGACGUGCUCAUCGCCACCUACCCCAAAUCGGGCACCACCUGGAUGCAGGAGAUCCUGACGCUGCUGUUCAGCCAUGGGGACGCCCAACCGGCCAAGACCAUCCCCAACUGGGAGCGGGCGCCGUGGCUGGAGCAGAUCUACGCCAGGGAGGCGCUGCAGGACGCGGCCCCUCGCCGCCUCCUCACCACACACCUGCCCGCCCGCGUGCUGGCACCGGCCCUGCAGCAGAGCAAGGCCAAGGUGAUCUACGUGGCCAGGAACCCCAAGGACGUCGUCGUCUCCUUCUACCACUUCCACCGCCUGGCCAAGUUCCUGCCCGACCCCGGCUCCUUCGAUACCUUCCUCACACAGUUCCUCGAGGGCACGGUGCACUAUGGCUCCUGGUUUGACCACGUCAAGGGCUGGCUGAGCCAGAAGCAGCUCCUGGACAUCUUCUACGUCACCUACGAGGAGCUGCACCAGGACCUGGGCGGCACGGCUCAGCGCCUCAACCUCCUGGGCUGCCCCCUGGCACCGGGGACGCUGGCAGCCCUGGAGCAGCACUGCAGCUUCGCCGCCAUGCGCGACAACGCCAUGGCCAACUACACCCUCAUCCCCACCGAGAUCAUGGACCACAGCCAGGGGCGCUUCAUGAGGAAAGGUGUGGUGGGGGACUGGCGCAGCCACUUCUCCCCGCAGCAGAACACCCUCUUCAACCGGCGCUACCAGGAGGAGAUGGGUGAUGCCGAGCUGCCGGCGCCGUGGCCCAUGGCCUGAGGCCCCGCGGUGGGGGACAGUGGCUGUGUGGCCCCCCUCCCUGUGGCUUCCUUCCUUCCUUCCCUUGCCCUGGCCUGGGGCCUGGCCCUGACCCCCUUUUCCUCCCCACGGAAAUACAUAUUUAUUGCUGUUUGCAGCCCAGGCCUGGGGAAGCAGCUGCUGUUAUCAGGAGCCACAUCGGGGUGUGGACCCAGCCCCAGGGACCUUAUUGGUGCUUUAUUGGGCAAUGACCCUGUGGGCAGCCUUGGCAGCCACCCUUUAGGGACUUGUCAGUGUUGCUGAGGUGCCCCUGAGCUCAGGAUUCUCUUCUCCAGGCUGAACAGCCCCAGGGCCUGCAGCCUUUCCUCCUCACACACAUGUUGCAUCCCCUCAGCAUCUUGGGAGCCCUGCACUGGUCUCUAGAUGAGUCUCCUUGCCCCAGUUCAUCCUUUGCAACCUCUUCAACAUCUUGUGCCCCUCACUCUGCCCCAGUGCGCCCUGUGAUGGCCCCUGCACCCCAUGUCCCCCAGCUAGUGCGCUCCUCAUGAUGCUCUUUGGGGGGGGGCUGCUGUGACCUGACCCCAAUCACUGCACCCCCACCCCCAUCACUCCUCCUGGGGGCUUGCAGCCAGGGCUGUGUGCCCCUCACCCAGGCAGGCAGCACCCUGAGCAGCCCUGCAGCCCUUGUCCUGCU